UGUUUGUAGUGUGUUGAUAGCUAUGGUUGACAGAAGUUGAAGAAAGAUUUGUCAAACUAUAGAAAAUAAUUCAAUAAUUUUGUAGUAUUUUCUGUAUUUUGAAAAAUUUUGACAAUGACAAUUUUACCAACUAAAAGACCUUCGGCGAAUCCUGAGGAGAAAAGCGACAAUAGCCAACAAAAUGGAAAUUCCGAGCGAACUGUGCGUAGGAGAGAUGACAUAAGUUCUUUAAAUGAGGCAAGCCCUUCAAAUCGACGAUCUCAAUUCCCUUAUGUCAAAUCAACAACUGAACGGAAAGAACGUUUGAGGAAACGAUAUAAAGAACCAGAUCGACCGCGAGAUCGGGAACGCGAACGUGAACAAAAACGGGAAGUUAGGAGAGAACAAAAACGGGAAAGAGUUGCUAAACGCGAUAUCUCAAAUGAACCUUUACAUGACAAUAAUGCAAAUAAUUCAGUUGUUGACUCUGUUGUUGUUGAACCCACUUGCAAUAACAACGAACCUGGGACUGCUAAUAAGGAAGAUUACACGGGAUUUAACAGCGAGGAUGAAUAUGACGAUCAAGGACUCCUUAAAGAGCGAAACAUACCAGAUGAAGAGUGGCAAAAAAGAGAUGUUUUAUUUUCACGCGGCAUGUCCAACCUUGGUUUUGAAAUCAAACAAAUGAAUGAAGAUGGAGCUUGUCUCUUCCGCUCUAUAGCAGACCAAGUGUACGGCGACCAAGAAUUCCAUUAUCAAGUCAGGCAGGAUUGUAUGAACUAUAUUGUUCAAAAUCGUGACUAUUUUGAACCUUAUGUGACGGAGGAUUUUGAUAAAUACGUUGCACGAAAACGUAUAUGGAACGUACAUGGAAAUCAUUUAGAAAUUCAAGCAAUGAGCGAGUUAUAUAACAGGACAAUCGAAGUUUAUUGCUACCAAAUAACACCAAUCAAUAUAUUCAAUGGUUCAAGAUUAAUAAAUUCAUAUGAGCCUAUUAGAUUGUCGUACCACAGGAUGUGUCAUUAUAAUUCUAUUAGUAACCCAAAUAAACCAUCAGUAGGGGUAGGUUUAGGUUUACCUAAUUACCAUACCGUUGAUAUUGACAGAAGAAGAUUCAAUGACGCUCUUCGUGCUAGUGAUGAGUUGCUAAUUGAACAGACCAUGUUAGAAGACAAGUUGAAGGCAACAGACUUCGAAGCCACUAACGAAGCCAUUGAAGAACAAGUCGCUCGCGAAUCUUAUAUCCAGUAUUUUCGCGACUCAGAACGCCGUUUGAAGAACCAAGGGCACUCUUGUGGUAGCAGUUCAACAAUAACAUCAGCAACAAUGUCCAGCUCGCGCUCAUCAAGGAAAGGUUCGGUUUCACCUAAGGGAUCUCAAUCUCCCAAAGGACCGAAUUCGCCAAAGACGACGCCAUUAGCAAGCCCCAGAAGUGCCAGUAUUUCUUCCCCAUCGACUAGCAGAUACGAAGGCGAUGGAAAUGGAGGUGAUGUUGCUGGAGCCUGCGGUGGACCUCCGGAGGAAUUUCCGAAAUUCUCUCCGCGUCGUGCUGAGCCACCAGCUGAGGAUAUUAAUCACCCGGACUACGACGAGAACUUCUCCGAGGAUUUUAAAUUUGAUUUUGAUACUAGUGAUUCGGAUCAGGCAGCUGGACCAUCACACCGGGCUGAUUUAGAUUACGACGAUUAUGAUCAGGAAAUCAUGGCUCAAGUGCUGGCCGAGUCGCGCAAAACUUACUUAGCUGAACUUAAACAGCGAUCCAAGAAGCGUCAUGGAUCUCCGGGACCAUCUACUUCAUCCUAGUUUAAAUACUAAAUUAUAAAUUAAUUCAGUUGAUGUUCAUACAUUUGUUUAAUUUUUUUAAAUUAAGGUUUCUUGUUUGUAUGCUACUGCUUUGUUUUGUUAUUUAAAAGGCAAACUUUGUAAAAUUGUAUUAGUAUAUUUUAAUGGUUUUUUGUUAAAACGACCUUCCUUUACAUAUAAAUUAAUAUUAUUUUUGGAAUAAGAGUUGUAAUAUUUUAACGUUUUGUAACAUAGUUUUUGAUUUUGCAUGCAUAGUAUAGGAGGGUCGUUUGUUGGAAAAAAAUUCAAAAUGUUAUAUUUUGGGGACACUGCUUCAAAUACGAAUAGUAAAUUUCGUGCUUUCAAGAAGUUUCAGUGUCAAAAAGUAUUUUAUUUAUGUUUUGAGAUAUCUAAGUAUAAGUACUUAUGAGUUCCAUGUAUUUCAGUUUCGUUCGAAUAAAAUUGUUGUGAUA